GCCGCUUGUCUUGCAGGUGCACCACACUAUGUUCCUUCUCCCAUCAUGCGUUGCGUUUUGACGCUCUUCUUCAGAGGACACCGCAAGAGGUCAGUUUAUCAGACUUUUAGCGCAGAGAUUGAAAUCAGUCAAAAUGUCUGACGUAAUUGAAGAGAAGAUCAAGAACUACAGAACGGCUCCUUUUGAUGCCCGGUUCCCCAACACCAACCAGACCCGAAACUGCUUCCAGAAUUAUCUGGACUUCCACAGAUGUAACAAGGCUCUGUCAGACAAAGGCCAGGACGUGGCACCCUGUGACUGGUACCAGAGAGUCUACAAAAGCCUGUGUCCCUUGAGCUGGGUGGCAAAAUGGGACGAUCAGAUUGAAGCUGGAAGUUUCCCUGGGAAAAUCUAAAUGGACACAUGACUUCUUCCACUGAUCUCGCGUCCUUUCCUCCGACUUCCCUUACGUACCUCUUAAUGUCUCUGUCAAGCAUUUUGAUGUUUCUGUAAAAAUGACUAAUAAAUAUUUUAAUGUUGUGGUGA